AUGAAAAUCUGUGUUGGGGGCAAGGUAGGCUGGUCCAGAGCACCAGCAUCCACUUGGAUAAAAUCUAGUACUGGGGACUUUCAGACAGAGCCGCUCAUUACCAUAACCGUCUGCAGCGACGGCGGCGCAGCGCCCCAGUCGCGGCGGCGGGACCUGCCGGGACCCUCGCCAGCCGCACAACCGCGGUCACCGCCGAGCGGGCCGCCGGGCCGGGACCGGGACCUGCGCGAGUGUGCAUCGGCGGCCGGGCUGGCGCCGAGCCCAGAGCGGACCAGCAGCAGCUGGAGUGCUGCGGCCGCCGCCUCCUCGCUGACCCCGCGAAGAGGCACACGGCUCCGGCACCGUAGGAAGACAACUUGCCUUUGUUCCCGGACACUUGGGGUGUUGUUUACUUUCUCCUGUGGCCGGUGGCCGGCGGGCGCUGCUGGCUACCCCAGGAGGGGCUGGGGGCUGCGGCACCGACCCCCCGGGGGUGUGUCUGUGCGGGAGCCAGGAUGUGGUUGGUGGCUGCCGUCCGCCUUCAAGAGGUCUGCCCUCCAAACCUCGGACCGCCCCCCAACCUUGGGCAUCCCUUCAUGCUCCUAUAGGCCCAGCACCUGCAGCCCCAACCACAAGACCCAGCUUCAAGCUCUUGGCCUCGCGGGGCUGCAGCUGAGAAAUGUACUUCCCAGGGCAGACAGGUGUACUGCAGGGACCGGCAGAAAAGCGACAUCUGUCUGUUUAGAAGGGUUGAAGGAUUUUGCUCGCCCAUCUAGGCCCUUCCACUACUACCACCAGGAGCCGGAGAAACUGUUGAGAUCACUUUAGGACAAUGUGGAGGUCAGGGGCUUGAUGCCAUUUAAGGCUGGCAGCAUGGAUCGGGGGUGGAAAUAGCCCUUUACUUCCCUGCUUUCCAGUUUCCAGUCUAUCAGACUGCUAACUGCUAUAAUCUUAAUCAAAUGUUCUCCAAUUUUCAA